AUGACGGUACAAAAAUCUAUUAAUAAAUGUGACGGUGGUAAAUUAGAAACAUGGGAAAAUCACAUUCAGUUCAUCCUAUCAGUUGUCGGAUACGCAGUUGGACUAGGAAAUAUAUGGCGGUUCCCUUAUUUGGCAUAUGCGAAUGGAGGGGGCGCCUUCUUGGUCCCAUAUUUCAUAUUCUUAUUACUCGCGGGAAUCCCGUUGUUCCAUUUAGAAUUUGGUGUUGGGCAGUUCAGUUCUGCCAGACCUUUGGAUGCCUUUUCGAUGGUACCAAUUUUCAAAGGCAUGCGAUUUGUCAUAUAUGUUACAGCAAUACUUCCUUACAUUUUAAUAACUAUUAUUCUUAUCAGAACAGCUCUCCAACCCGGGGCUUCUACUGGAAUUUCAUAUUUUAUAAAACCAGACUGGUCCAGACUAAAGGAUGGCUCAGUUUGGAUUGCUGCAGCCACACAAAUAUUCUACUCCCUUGGAAUCGGGUUCGGGUCUUUUCUGCUUUAUGCAUCAUAUAACAACUUUGAAAACAAAGACGCCGUGAUGUGUGCUCUGAUUAACUGCGGCACAAGUAUAUACGCUGGUUUCGCUGUGUUUUCUAUCAUUGGUUAUUUAAGCUAUAAAACUGGACUUCCUGUUGAUAAAGUUGUUGCAGAUGGUCACCCCGCAAUUUUUAUAUUCGCUGCCGUCACUUAUGAGCCUUUUGCUUAUGAUGGUUCAGGUCCCGAGGUCUCACAUUUGUCCAGCAGAAAUUUCCCUGACAUGCUCUUAGAAAACCCUAACUUUAAACUCGGAAAGUAUUCCAAGUCACUAGAAGAGACCUUCCUCGAAUUUGACCGCUUUUUGAAUUCCGAUAAAGGCAAGGAAGAGCUCCUAGAAUUCAGAGUCCCUCAAAAAGAAGGCAGUUUUACACUCGCAAGUGACGAGGACGAAGGUUUCCAGUCAAAAUAA